AUGACCAUACCGACGAAGAAGUUCCACUUUCUGUUAACACGAACGGUGUCGAUAUGCGAGGAAGAGGAUACUCGCGAUAAUUUCCGAUUUGAUGAUCGCGUUGUGGACAUUGAAGCCAUUCUUGGCAUGCCCAAAAAAGAGUUUUACACGCCUGUAUCCAAAGAUGUGAAUAAACGUGAUAUUGAACAAGCUAAGAAAAAGCUUGGAGUGCUGGAAAAGAUUGCGCUUCGCCGUCGUAGACAUCUUGGGAUGUCGCUCUUACAUUAUCCUGACAAGACGGUCUGCUUUAAGGCUCAAAAACGUGAUAAGGAAUGUGGGGGCCUUUAUCUUAGUAGCAGCCGUACAAAAUCCGGUCACUGGAAACCAUCGUCAUCUCAAUCAUCGGCAAUAUAUCUUGGGAUGUCGCUCUUACAUUGUCCUGACAAGACGCAGCCGUCCAAAUCCGGUCACUGGAAAGUACGUUUUAACAAACAAGCCGGGAAAUUCGCCAACACAGCAGAUCAACUCGUCAGGCUAUCUUUUCCAUCUCCUCAACCAUCGGCAUCUACUCCUCAGUCAUAUUUUAUAUCCUCAAUCAUCGGCAUUUCUUCAGUCAUCGUCAUCGGCAUCUCUUUAGUCAUCAUCAUCAUCUCUUCAGUCAUCAGUCAUCGGUAUAUCCUCAGUUCUUCGGUCAUCGUCAUAUUCUCAACCAUCGAGGAGGAAAAUUUGGCUCGGAAACAGGCCAAUAAACAACAGCCAGCUGAAAUGAGAAUAAUGAGGGCUCUCGGCGGUUAA